AUGUCUCUACGACCAAGACUUCUCGCUCUAGGCCUUGCUUCCACUAGCUCCAUGGUUUCUGCAGGGCCAUGCGACAUCUACAAAUCUGGCGGCACGCCUUGCAUCGCUGCGCACAGCACCACGCGGGCGCUGUACAAUGCAUAUAAUGGCUCCUUAUACCAGGUGAAACGCGGCUCCGAUGGGGCCACCACGAACAUCGCGCCCCUUUCUGAUGGUGGUGUUGCCAACGCUACCGCUCAGGAUACUUUCUGCGUCGAUACGACCUGUCUCAUCACUAUUAUAUACGACCAGUCUGGCCGUGGCAAUCACCUCACUCAGGCUCCACCCGGUGGCUUCAAGGGCCCGGAGUCUAAUGGCUACGACAAUCUGGCUAGCGCAUUUGGCGCACCAGUCAGCCUGAACGGCCAGAAGGCGUACGGUGUCUUCGUUUCACCCGGCACCGGAUACCGCAACAAUGCCGUAAGCGGUUCUGCGAAAGGCGACGCAGCCGAAGGCAUGUAUGCGGUUCUUGAUGGAAUGCACUACAAUAGUGCCUGCUGCUUCGACUACGGAAAUGCUGAGACGAACAACCUGGACACCGGCAACGGCCAUAUGGAGGCCAUAUACUUUGGCGACAGCACUCACUGGGGAUCUGGUUCUGGUAAGGGCCCUUGGAUCAUGGCUGACCUUGAGAACGGUCUGUUUUCUGGUGCCAAUCCUAAGCAGAACACUGGUGACCCGUCAGUUUCUUACCGCUUCCUAACUGCACUCCUGAAGGGAGGUCCGAACAAGUGGGCGAUGAAAGGGGGUAAUGCGGCAUCUGGGUCGCUGUCAACGUACUACAACGGUGUGCGUCCACGCGCGUCUGGCUACAACCCGAUGAAAAAAGAAGGGGCUAUAAUUCUCGGAAUUGGGGGUGACAACAGCAAUGGUGCGCAGGGAACUUUUUAUGAGGGCGUAAUGACGUCUGGGUAUCCAUCCGACGCUAUCGAGGACUCCGUCCAGGCCAAUAUCGUGGGUGCUAAAUAUGCCACUACGUCUUCAACAAGCGGUCCAGGCCUUACUGUUGGCUCCGAUAUCUCCAUUCGAGCUACUACGCCUGGCUCCACCGAUCGCUACCUCGCACACACUGGUUCUACUCUCAACAUUCAAGCAGUAUCUUCGCCCAGCACUACUGCCCUCAAAGGGCAGUCUACUUGGACGGUUCGCACUGGCUUGGGUAACGGCGCUUGUUUUUCGUUCGAAUCAAAGGAUACCACUGGUAGCUACAUAAGGCACAACAAAUUUGAACUUCAACUUGGCGCGAAUGACGGCUCCAAGAUAUUCAAGGAGGAUGCCACAUUCUGCCUGCAGGCUGGUCUAAGCGGCCGGGGCAGCUCGAUCCGCUCCUGGAGCUACCCUACGCGCUAUAUCCGCCACUACGAGAACAAGGGCUACGUCGCGAGCAACAGUGGCGUUCACAUGUUCGACUCUGCCACCUCGUUCAACUCUGACGUAACUUGGGUCAUCGGUAGUAGUUUUGCUUGA